AUGGACCAACUCUUCAUCGCCUGGCAGCUCACGGCUUUGAUCUCGAGUCUGCUGUCGAGUGGAGCCAUGAUUUUCUUCUUCAUCAGGUAUCCGAGCAUAAGGGUGCAUCCAGGCAUGGUUCUUAUGUGUAUUUUCAUGAGUGUGAGCAUCGCGAGCAUCAUGCGCGUCGGCCUGCAUGCGUGGUACAUUCUACUAAACCCGGGCGACGUCGGAGGAUCCGUUCCAGCGACACUGAGCAGGAUAGCCAACGAGGAGCUCGGACAUGACGCAGGCGCACUGGAAGCCUACGUUCCUUUCUUCUUUUGGUGCUACUUCUUCUUCAGUACGUCGGCGACACUCUGGUUCCUGAUGCUGGCACUGGACCUCAUUUUCUCGCUAUCCAACCCGUUUCUGCCGUUCAACGCCGACAACCUAAAGCACCACAUCUUCGCGUGGCCUGCUGCGUUGCUGUACUGUUUAAUCUUCCGCUACAUUUUGGGGAAAUUCCAGUCGAAGCUCACUGCAAACGUUGUGCUGUACUUUGAUCUCCCAGCCUAUAUCGUGCUGCUCUACAUCGGUUGCGCACUUGUUCAGUCCAGACGGCGCAUCCGAAUACUCGAAAGCCACGCGCACGCGACCACGGAACGGAUGGCUAAACGCAUUCGACCAUACUUGGGGGUAUUUGCCAUCCACACGAUGAUUGCCUUGGCCAUCUACCUGGUUCAGCUAGGAACGGAGUUUGGCAGAAUGACACCCAACGCAUUGGAUCAGCUGUCACUCGUGCUUGAGACUUUAGCACUAUUUGCUCUGUUCUGUCGCGACGCAGGAGUCUUCAAGACACCUUCGCAACCACGUGCAGUCGACAGCAGUCGAGGUGACAGUAACUCCAGUAAUCCGUCGAGAACUACCAUUACCCAGAUCGAAGCUGGAGCCGCAACGCUAACGUCGACGACCGGGGCAGCAGCUCCACUAUCUGACAACGGAGGCGCGGAGAAGAUCGACGUAUCGAACAAGCUUCGCAUGGAUGUGAUGCGGUACAUGUCGAAAGGGAUAAUGAGGUCUAUCGAAAUGGCGCAGGCUGUCGAAAGGAAAGCGUUGCGAGGCAGUGCGAGCGAGGUCACGGGCUCAGACACUGCAAUCGAUGUCGGUGGCUACUCGAGCGUCAGCUACAAUGAUUACACUCACGUGGAGAGUAUGGGUGUUGUGGUUGUCGGUGAGAAAGGAGGGACGAUGCUCAGCUUUCGAGACUGUGCUCCGAAGAUUUUCCACCGCAUUCGAGCGCAGUUUAAUAUCGACCAAGACUUUUAUAGGGAAUCCUUCGACCCGUCUCGCAUUCUGAGCGAGCACGGCUCGGAGGGAAAGAGCGGCAACAUCUUUUACUUCACUGCAAACAAGCAGUUUAUGGUGAAAAGUGUGCCGAAGGAGGAGUUCGAUACGCUGCGAGCAAUCCUGCCUCAUUACCACGAGUACCUUCAGUCGAAUCCCAACUCGAUGUUGUGUCGGUACUUCGGCUGCCACUCGAUCUCGCUUCCUAUCGGCAAGCGGCGAAUGUAUUUUGUCGUGAUGCAAAACUUAUUCAACGAAGGUCCUGUAGACCAGCGAUUCGACCUCAAGGGAAACCGUGAUCGACGACAGGCCGUAAGUGCUGCGACAAUGGAGGGUCUCAUUGAGGUUGCCAAGGACCGCAAAGCCAUCGGCCAGCUCCUAAUGGACAUCGAUUUCCUCAAGAUCAGCUCCGGUAUUUCACUCUCAUAUGCGAAUACUGCUCAACAGCAAGAUCAGCUCUGCAGUGACUUCGUUUUCCUUGCAAGUCGUGGUAUCAUCGACUACAGUAUUCUCCUUGGUGUUCGCUACGAAAACCCGGAGAAGCGCAGGUCGCAUCAAAAUGGACUCACAUCUCACGAUCAGAACGAGGUGUACUAUGUCGGCAUUGUGGAUAUGCUGCAGCGCUACAACUGGCGCUGGACAGUGCAGCGUUGGUUUCUAGGCUGCCUGCUCUGUAAAGACACCCACGACGUCAGCGCUGUACCCCCCGACGAGUACGCGACUCGACUGGCAGACUUUGUACGUGAGAAGCUGUUCGACAUCCAGGAAAACACCAGCGGACCGAGCUUCCGAAAUGUCCAUAGCAGGAACAUCCAGAGCGAUCAUACGGGAGAAAGUGGCUACAGCGGCAUAUCUUCUCGAGAUGCGUCGUCGCCUCCCACGUCGAUGAGUGUUGGAAUCUUAGAGUCCAGCGACAUCCCGUCGAUUGAGAUGCAGCGUCUGUCCGUGAUUUCAGCCUGUUCGCUGGACGCCAUAGGCAUCGAGCCGUCGUCUUUGUCCUCGUCUCCGUCGGUCGCGUAUUCGUCCGUAUGUGAAAGUCCCAUAGAGGUGCCGGAAACCCGUAAGACCACCAUGUUCUUCGUCUGA